ACCAGCAGGUCAUAUUGUCAUACAUUACAACUCAAACGUUGAUAAAAUACUUUGUUUUCUACUUGGAAUUAUAAUUGUUCCAAAUAAUGAAUGCAAUUGCCAGAAAGGCAUUGAACCUUGACCAAAUGAUCAAUCACGUGGUGGCAGGUAUCUCAAAUACCUCAAGAAAAACUGUCAACUCAAAAUAAUUGGUGAAAGGUAUUUGACCUGAAACAUUAACUGUUACUCUUUCCACAGGUACAGUUCGACCUCUGUUGAGUGUUUCAGCCUUCUCUGUUUCGAUUUCAGACUUACAGCAGCUGCAGUUUUGUAUUAAUUUCCAACUAAUUCACUUACUAGAAAAUGGUUACACUUUUUAAUGUUUUUUUUAAAAACAGUGAUUUGUUUAGCAAUAAUGUCCUUUAAUACGAUUUUACUAUAGUGAUUGAUCCAACCUCUUUCUCGAUAUUAUUGAUUUUGUUUAUAAUCCGGUGACUACAAAUAUCCGAACUGUAAUUCCUGGGUCUUUGUCCCUCGGUACAGGAUUUUACCGACAUUAGAGGUUUACACUCGAUGCAAUGAGCUGAGCCAAAGGCAAGGCUGUGGAAACGAGGCUGCGCAUCGCAGCCUGAACUACUGGGAGCCGGCGCCUGCAGUUCGGCUCCCUGCACACAUCGACCCCGAGUUACCAGCUCGGCUUUGGAGGCGGGUACUCCGCAUGUGGUCCUGCUUAUUUCUCGCUUCAGGUUGGGGAUGCGCUUGAGAUCCCAGUGCUUGGCUCGCUGUCCCGAACGUUUCGCUGCCAGGUGAUGUCACAUGCCACGUGGAUUUUGUUUUGGCUCCAGCUGCAAUCAACGACAACAAAAGCGGAGGAAAGAAAGAUUCAAAAUGCAAACAGAUGAAACCCCCAAGUUCCAAUCUUCCCUCAAAGACAAUUGCGACAACUGCACAGCUAAGAGGUUUUCGCAAAGUACAAUACCUCAGUCCCUUCAUUUAUGCCCUCAUCAAAAGCAGUUGCUGUUUCAAAAUGUCUCGCCUGCAUUGGAAGCUGCUCCCAGGCUUCUCAUGCCUGAGGAUCAUACACUAAAGAAAAGGAGGAGAGUGUUUUCUAGCCCAGAGGUAGCAAGAGAAUUUGCACUUCACCUGCUGUAUUUUGCCAUUUUUGCUGUAGCUGUACUGGGUUUACUUCACUGGCAUGGCAUGAUACAGCUAUUCCAAGGAAAAAGUUGCAAAGAUGGUGAUCAACAAAUUCAAAGCACUCAUUGGAAGUUGUCAUACUUCACAACCAACUCAUCUGACAUAUACCCACUGCACAAACGAUUUGUACGGAGCACAAUAUCAAGGAAAGACAAACAGGAGAAAAGUUUGCUGACCAUCUACCAGAGAAUGACAGAAGUAAAAGAAAUACUACUGCAAUGUGAAUCUCUUGUAAAAGUGACCAAUUAUGUUCUGAGAGAUGCUUUGGGGAAAACUUUGGAGUUCCACCCACUUCCAACCUGUGAUCAGAGGCUGAAUAAUCAGAUUACCAAAGUUGAUCCACUCAUUCUUGUUAGGGUUAAGAUAAAACCACAGUUACUUUACCAAGUCUUACACUUCCUGAAAGAGCUAGACUUGCUGGUGGAUGCUCAUCUAGCAAAAGCGUUCUACAUUGUGAAAAAGCUAAUGGUUAUUAAGCAAGAAAUGAUAUUGGGAAAGACAAGUAAAACCAAUAAUGAACAUGUCUUAAAAUGGCUGAAAAGGACCAGGACCCACAGAAAGUCCUUUAAAGUGGAUUGCCCAGAUAAGGCCCCAUAUUUAUUACACUGGAACCCUGGACAUCAUGAAAAUAAGAAGGUUAAGAUUGGACGGGGAAUGUUCCUAAAACUGGAGUCUUCUGCCUCGCUACAUUCCAUUGUUAUAGAGAACGGGGGUAAACUCGUGUUUAACGAUGCGCCGAAAUCCCCAAUCACUCUGAAAGCUCGCUAUAUUCUGAUCAGGAGCGGGGGCGAGCUGCACAUCGGAGCGGAAAAAUGCCCCUAUAUUUCCAGCGCCACUAUUACCCUCUACGGAAAGUCGACAGAUGCAUUAAACGUGGAGCAUUUUGGUCAGAAGUUCAUUGGAGUGGACAAAGGUGGUGUUUUGGAAUUGCACGGAAGGAAAACCUUGUCUUGGACAUUUUUAGCCCGAACUCUCUACCCGGGUGGCUUGCAGUCUGGGGCUUACCGCUUUGACAGGUACUGGGGCAGCAGAGGUAUCAACAUCAGGGUGAUAGAUCCCGGCACGGCCAAGGUGCUCGCAGCCCACCGUUUCGACACUCACCUCUGGGCGGAUGAGAGCAGGCGGCUGCAGGAUUUUUUACGCCGCCAAGCCAGAGGGCGAAUAGUGGCCAUCGCUGUCGGAGACUCGGCCGCCAGGAGACUGACGCGGUCUGCCAGGAAUGACCUGAGCGAACUGCUGGGGAGCAAAGAGGCGAUGUAUCUGGGCUACAGGCAACCAUGGGCUGCGAUUGGAGUUCUUGGUGAAUUAUUUGCUAUGGAAGACAAACAACUGUAUCAGCCUGAUGGGUCAACCGGUAUGGCUAUAGUAAGAAGAGACUUUCAGACAUAUGAUGGGAUUCAUUUCACAGUCACUGCUUUCAGUGAGUGGGUGAGAGGUGUCCCUCACUGUGGCUUUCGUGUGGAUGUGUCAAAUGGUGUUAUUCUUAAUUUAAUGGAUGAUGCCUCAAGCUGGUUGCCUGGUGAUCAAAUAGUUAUUGCAAGCACUGAUUAUUCUAUGCAUCAGGCUGAAGAAUUUGAUCUCCUUCCCUGUCCUGGGUGUAAUAUUUAUCAGAUUAAAAUUGGCAAGCCACGUUAUCUCCAUAUGGGCGAAAUUGUAGAUGGAAUAGACAUGAGGGCUGAAGUUGGACUUUUAAGUAGAAACAUCCUCAUAAAAGGAGAAAUGGAAGACUCCUGUUACGGACAAAACUUCUGCCACUUCUUUAGCUACGAUACAUUUGGUGGACAGAUAAAGAUCCUAAGAAACUUUGCCUCAGUUCACUUGUCUGGCGUAGAGUUGACUAACAUGGGCCAGCAGAUACUUGGGAGUUACCCAGUACACUUACAUCUGGCUGGAGAUGUGGAUCGGAAAGGCGGCUACAAUCCGCCAACUUAUGUGGACAACCUAUCCAUACAUCACUGUUUCUCUCGAUGUGUGGCUAUACAUGGAACAAAUGGUUUGCUGGUCAAAGAUACAAUAGGGUAUGACACGCUUGGACAUUGUUUCUUCCUGGAGGAUGGUGUGGAGCAGAGAAACAUACUGUAUCACAACCUGGGUCUCCUUACCAAGCCAGGCACCAUCCUCCCUUCUGACCGCAAUGAAAUUAUGUGCAUUUCAAUCCGUAAUCAAGUUUGUGGAAAUUAUAUUCCCAUACCAAGUAAUGACUGCAUGGCUGUCACAACAUUUUGGAUAUCCAAUCCUAACAACCACCUCAUCAACAAUGCAGCAGCUGGUGCCCAGGAUGUGGGGAUAUGGUAUAUUUUCCACCGUAACCCUACCGGAGAAUCUGUGGGUCAAUUUCCAGAUGGCCAGUCAGAGUUUACCCCCUUGGGAAUAUUUUACAACAACAGGGUACAUUCUAACUUCAAGGCUGGACUUUUCAUUGACAGUGGAGUGAAGACAACCAAAUGCAAUGACAAUGAUCCCAGGGAAAUCCUUGCACUGGACUUUGCAAGGUUUCGCCCUCAUCAAAAUGCUGACCCCAGGCAGCCACGUGUUCCUGCUGUUAUUGAUGGUCUUAUAGCUUUUAAAAACAAUGAGCAAGGAGCUUGGGCUAGAGGGGGAGACAUUAUAUUCCGCAACUCCGGGUUCUCUGAUAAUGGGAUAGGUCUGACUCUAGCAAGUGAUGGAACAUUCCCAACUGAUGAAGGCUCGAGCAUGGAAGUGACAAGAUCAGUUUUUGUUGGUGAAAGCAUUAACGUGGGCUACAAUGGCGGACAGAACAGAUACUGGGGCAAGGGUGCAUAUGGAGAGUACAGAACAUUGCCAAGAAACAGAACAUUUCCCAUCCGCGGAUUCCAGAUGUAUGAUGGUCCAGUCAGGUUGACACAGUGCACAUUUAAGAAAUACUUACCUAACCAUGAAAGGUAUAGUAGUGCACUUGGAUUCUUUAUGAGGAAUCCCUGGCAAAUCAGCCCCCAAAAUAAUAUAUCUCAAGUCAAGUUGGAGACUAGUGCUAAUCUUGAGGUAUUUUUUGGCACGCCAGGGCAGUGGUUUGGCACCAACAGCCUUGAUGGUGACCAGACUUCUAUCUUCCAUGAUUUGGAUGGUUCAGUGACUGGAUUUCCUGAUACAUUUGUGGUCAGGGCUGAUAACUACUUGGUCCGUCAUCCAGGCUGCCUGAGUGUGCCAAGGUGGAAUGGUGUAAUCUGCACUGGCAAGUAUGCACAGCUCUAUGUUCAAGCAUGGCAUCCAGAGAACCCAUCUCUCCUGAUUGCAAAGGAUUUGUACCCAAACCACCCACUGAAGCUGCAGGGUGUAAAUCGUAGGGCACCCUAUCAGCAGUACCAGCCUGUGGUCAUGCUGGAACAAGCCUACACAUUAUCAUGGAAUGGCAGUACGCCCGAGCAGAUUGUCCUCUACCCGAUCAAUUUUAACAGAGGAGACUGGAUCCAAGUCGGCCUUUGUUAUCCCAGAGGAACAGUUUUUAAAGUCAUGUCCGAUAUAAACCAACGAACAAGUGGAAGAGUGCACAGUGUGAAACAGUACAAAGCAGCAUCGUCUUUAAGCAUUCUUCAAAAAAACCCAAGCAAGAGCCUGUACUUUUUUGACAUUGAUUCUGGGAUUCUUUUUAUUAUCCUCCAAGCAAAACAAGCACGCAAAGGUCACAGUUACUGCUCCAAGCAUGGGUGUGAGCGAGUGAGGAUCUUGGCACACAUCAACACCUGGGAAACCAGCUCCUGCUUGCAAACUGGUUAUUCAAAUAAAGACACAAGUGUGCAGGGCCACCUCAUGUCUCUAACUGGGCGUGUCGCUGCUUCCUGCAGUCAGUGUGGCGCACCACAGGUAGCAAUCACCAGCGAUCCACACACAACUUACAUCAGAGUUCAGAUACAAUCCCAGAGCAGAAGAGACCUACAAAAUGGCCAUGAAUUUGCAUUCAUUAAGGUGAAUGAUGAAGUUUUGCUCUUUGAGAAGCUGGGGUUGCUUGUUAUCACAAUAGAUGCAUGCUCUGGAGAGAUAUUGGGCAGACAGCACUUUGACACAGCCCAACCACUGCCAAUGGCUGACUCUAUAGCUAAUUACAUCCAAGCAAUUAUUCCAGAAAGAUCAAUUACCCUGGUCUGUUCAAGGGGAGAUUUCGCCUGGCCACUAAACCGUGUCUCUUCAGCUUUUCUCAGGAUAGGUGCUGCAAAGCCCAUUAAAUUUUUCAUGGAAGGAAGUUUUGCUAUGUUAGGAUUCAAGGGCCAGCUGACACCAGCAUGGAUUAAAAUUAUAAGCCACAGUGUUGGGCAGCUGGCUGCCUCCGUGCAGCAGUAUGUUCCAUUGAAACUACACGAAUACGGCUGUCCUGGAAAACUGAAGGAAAAUCGGAAAGAUUUAAAGUUGUUUCAAGACUUAAUGUCUCCAUUAUAAUUUAUAACUAAUGAUUAGAAAGGGAGAGAAUUUGUUGACAUACUGACAAUUUUUGUAUCAGUUAAUAAAUAUUAUGUACAUGAGCAGUGAGUAAAUGGUUUUACUUAAAGGUAAAUUAAUUUGAUGUAAUAUAACUGUGGAGAUGAGCAUACAAUAUUUUUGUUAUUCAUAGUUUUAUUUUGUUGGUCAUAUGGAAAGCGAUUUGUCAUUCUAAGGGAUGAACAGUUUCCAUAAAAUGGACAAAUGCAGUUCUGGUGAUAUACAAACAAAAGUAGAUGUAUUCAUGUGCUUGUUGAUCUUUGGGGACAUGAUGUACUUUCUAGCGUUCAACUACAAAAUGCUCAGUUUUACGCUUUGUUUUUAACCCCAAGUAUGUGGGAAUAAAUCUUGAAUUGUUCACGAGAGUGGUGGUAAUUAUGAAAAGUAGAACUGUUCAUAUAUCACAAAACCUGUAAGUGGUACCCUCAACCCCAGUGGUUUAUAAUAUUGAAAUCCUGUUGGCAUUCAUGACAUCUGAUGUAAAAUGAAUGAAGUAUGCAUGCAACUAAUUUAUGGUAUAGAUCUUUUCAGAUUUGCAUUAAGUAUGGUUCCUGCAAACAGAACUUCCUAAAGAUUCAUUUGAAAACUAGCUGGGUUUACAGUGAUGAGAUAUAAAGAUUGGGUGUAGUGUAUGGAAUUUCAAUGCAGAACCAAUACAACCCGAGUAUAUGCAGCAUGAAUGUUACCAUUAGCAUUUUGUAUAUGAAGAGUUUUCUGCUUCCAGUCACCCUUCAGAUUUGCAUCUUUGGAUGUUGUAGAUGAUCCAGUUAUCAUUAAAGCUGUGUAUUGAACACUGAACUCAUAUUUAAAGCUGAAAUACAUUUAUAUGAAUGACAUAAAUCAAAUUAUGUGUUGAGUUAAAUCUGUAGCUUGCCUCAGUAGAAACUAAUUGUGUACCAGAUUUAUUUUCAGAAAAGAAGCUUGGUUCCUAAUUUUUGCUCACUGUUCGGUUUUACUGAGUUACUCCAGCACUUUAUGUCUUUAUUUACUUCCCUUACUCUUGUACCCAAUCCCAACCAAACGAGGGCAAGCAAAACAUAUGCUUCUUUACCACUCCUUUUAUUUAGGCUGCCAUUUUCAGGGAGCUAUGGACUUGAACCCUAAGGUGCUACUGUAGCACCUCAUAGAAUCAUGGAGUGAAACAGCAUGAAAAAGGCCAUUCAGCCCACGGAGUCUGCACCAACCAACAACCACCCGUUGUCACCAAUUCUAAAUUAAUCCCAUUUAUCAUUCUCCCCUCCUUCUCAUCAACUCCUCUCAAGUUUCCACCAUUUACCAAUGCGCAUUUACCCUAGAAACCCGCACAUCUUUGAGCCGUGGUUCCAAUCAGGUCCCAGCGACUUACUUAAUGCUCAAAGUAGCAACCUGAGAACAAGAGGUUACCAAGCACACUGACGUUUUAAACAUUGCAGGCAAUAAUUUCCAUAGGCUUAACAAAGGGAAUUCCCCCCCCCCCCCCCCCCCCCCCCCCCCCCCCC